ACAACAAAGAUUGACGUGUUGAAUUUAUACUAUUUUUACAUCAGUAAACAAAGAAAACCACGGUUUCAAAGACUGUAAUUCUCUUAACUGUUUGCCGUUUAAUCAAAAGUGUAAAUAUUAAUGUGUACUAAACAAUCGUAACAAAGGAUAGUGAAACAAACUUACAUCUUUCCCGAUAACCGCUACGCAAACAGCCAUUGUGUACCAAAAUCUGAACGGAAGUGAAUUAAACGUCAAGUGACCGUCGAAGUGCGUAUAUGGCGGGAUAAUUUAAAUUAUUUUUAUCCAACAAAUAUUUAUAAAUAACUUUACAAUUUUGCGACUUCAUCGCGGUUGCGUACAUACCUCCUUUAAUCGGGAGGUUUUAUUUUAAACGCGGUAUUUACAAUCCUUCAAAAUUUUUUGGAACAUAAUAUUCCGUUUGUUGAUGAUGGCGGAGCGAGAAAACGAAGAACCGGCCGAUGUUAUAUACGAAACUGACGAAAAAGGGCAACGGGUUGUCGUUAAAUCGUUGGAGUCGACGUCCCGAGUGUAUCUUCGUUUUACCAACAGAACCUCUCGGCCAGUCGACGUGUGGUGGCGAGAUUUCCACGGAGCGAAGCGACAUUACGUCCGUUUAGAGGCAGGCACGUUUUUUGACAUUAAUUCCUUUAUAACUCACCCCUGGGAGUUCACAGAUGUAGCUACCAAGGAAAGCUACGUUAUAAACAACAAGCCAAUCUACAGACCACCGAGAAACAUAGGCGGCAUGAUGUAUAGGACUAACUGGAACAUCACAAUCGGUGUAAGGAGUCUUCGUCAUACGGUUUUGUUGACACUCGCAAUCAAGAUAGACGAUCCCAAUUCUGUCAACGCUCUCGGACUGCCAAGAGUACUUGGAGAGGAACUGCAGAAGCUAAUCCGACUGUUCCACAGACCAAGAACACCUCCACAGCGCGACUGACGUCAAAUUAUAUUUACGAUUGCUGUAAUGAUCAUAUUCCUGUACCUAACAUGGUGUUACUUCCAUUACCUUGUGACGAAGGUAUUCGUAAAGCUUUUUAAGUAAUUAGUUUGUAAUUUUAUGCAUUUAUUAUAACCAAAUUCAUUAUAAGUA